AAGCAUUCAGAAAUAUUUCAGUAAAGAAUCAACAGCAUGUGUAUCUCAGCGGUGAGUGUGGUGCUGUUACUUUUCAUUUUGUGGAUGCUUGUGGUCAAGCUCUGCAGACAGGCUGACAGCCAAAGUGAUGGAGAUGCCAAAGAAAGCAAGCAACCAGAAGCGGCUGUACCCAAACUCCUGCAUUCCCUCUCUAAGCACUUCUUUGGCACUCUUUCUCCCUCUCUUUCUGGUCCUCCCUCUCUCCCUUUGCUGGGCAACAUGCUGGAUCUUGCCCAAGAACAUCUACCCAUCCACCUGACUUCACUGGCACUUCGAUAUGGAAAUAUCUAUCGGCUCAACUGUGGCAGCACAACCAUGGUGAUUUUAAAUAAUAGUGAGAUCAUCCGCGAGGCUCUGAUUAAAAAAUGGUCAGACUUUGCUGGGAGGCCUCAUUCUUAUACCGGUGAUAUAGUAUCAAGCGGAGGGCGAUCCAUUUCUCUGGGUGAUUUCAGUGAGGAAUGGAAGGCUCACAGGCGUGUGGCCCAUAGUGCUCUGCACCGCUGCACAAUGGAUUCCCUGCACUCUGUCAUAGAAAAGCAAGCACACCAUCUCUGCCAGGUGUUGCGGGACUACAAAGGAAAAGCAGUGGAUUUAUCCGAAGAUUUCACUGUGGCUGCGAGUAAUGUCAUCACAACACUAACCCUUGACAAAAGUUAUGAUAAGAGUUCAGAAGAUCUGCAGAAGCUGCAGGACUGUCUGAAUGAGAUUGUGUCUCUCUGGGGUUCACCCUGGAUCUCAGCGCUGGAUUCCUUCCCUCUGCUCAGGAAAUUACCCAACCCUCCAUUCUCUCGCCUCAUGAAGGAGGUAGCCAGACGCGAUGAGCUGAUAGGAAAACACAUUGAGGAUUUCAAGAAAAGUGACCAUAAAAAAGGUGGCACAGUGACUUCCUCACUUCUGCAGAGCUUGGAGCCACCACAAGGAGGAGCCAGUCAGAUGACUCUGACAGACACUCAUGUGCACAUGACCACAGUGGAUCUGCUGAUUGGAGGGACAGAAACUACUGCUGCCUUGCUCAACUGGACUGUGGCCUUCCUUUUACACAGACCUGAGGUUCAGAAUAAAGUGUAUGAGGAGCUGUGUGGUGUGCUGGAUGUGCGGUACCCUCAGUACAGUGACCGACACAGACUGCCGUAUCUGUGCGCUCUAAUCAACGAGAUGUUAAGACUUCGACCUGUAGCUCCCCUCGCCGUACCUCACAGAGCCAUACGAAACAGCAGUAUUGCAGGCCAUUUCAUCCCCAAGAAUACAAUAAUCAUUGCUAAUCUGUAUGGUGCCCACCAUGAUCCAGAGGUCUGGGAUGAUCCAUACAGCUUCAAACCAGAACGCUUUUUGGAAGGUGGGGGCGGUUCCCUUCGUGCCCUGAUUCCUUUUGGAGGAGGGGCCCGACUGUGUCUAGGGGAGGCAGUAGCCAGAAUGGAGAUGUUUCUUUUCACAGCCUAUCUCCUGCGAGACUUUAAGUUCCUACCUGCCAGUAAAGAGGAGCCUCUGCCUGACCUGCGAGGUGUUGCCAGUGUGGUUCUUAAAAUCAAACCAUACACUGUUAUAACACACCCAAGAGAAGAGUAAUUGAUUAUUAAUAGUGUGCCGCAGGAAUGAGUCCUAAAACCCAGCUACAAACUGACAUAAUUUUAAAUUAUCCCCAAGGUAAUUUUUUAUUUUAAUAGGUUUUUGGUUAAAUUCCUGAGAUAAGGUCUGUGGUUAACACAAGCUCAAGAUAUUUUCACAUUUUAUUCUACAACACAAAGUGCAUUAGUGAUACCCUACUCAUGAUUUUUUUUUUUUUUUUUUUUUUUUAUGUGUCUUGCAAAAAGUUGUUGCUAACAAGUGGCGAAAUGGGACUACAGAGGUUGCCAGGGACAUUAAAUGGCAUCACGCCGAACUAGAAAUUUCAUCAAAUAUCCAGUCCCCUUUUAAAGCCUUGUUGCAUUUAUUGCAUGGCAAUUCUAACUCCAACUUUUCAGCUUGAAGAUAUUAAAUAAAGACUGCAAGAGCUGUCGGAAACU